AUGAACGUUGAAUAAAUUUUACAAGGUCUCAAUCCGAAUACUACUAACAUAAAUUUAGAGUUUAGGUAACUUGAUAGCAUCAAUCAUUUAGUAGAGAAUUUCGCUAGAUUCCAAAGAUUAAAAUAUAUUAAUCUCCAAGGUAAUAACCUGACUCAGUUGAGCAAUAACUUAGCCAUUCUCUACAUUGAAGAAUUGGAUGUAUCAUAAAACCCUUUAGAUUUUGAAAUUGUCAUUAAGCAAUUAUAACAAUUAUCAAAACUAACGAAAUUGCACAUUACAAUAAAACCUGAAGAAGCCUAAAUAAUAUAGGAGAAUUUGCCAUAAUUGAGAUUUCUCAACAAUCGGGAAAUCAAUCCAGUUGUUUUCAAAUAAAAAGAAUUAGAAUAAUAUGCAAUCUAAUUCGAGAAAUUAAUAGAGAUUACAAAGGAUGACAGGAUGAGAAAUCUGUUUGAUGAACAUGUUAAAAACGUGAUGAAGGAUCUCUCAUUACGAUUAUCUAAAGACUUACCAGUGUUUAAAGCAAAAACUCACGUGUUAAGAGCAAAAUAUGCUCUUUAGGAAUUAAACUUUAAUAUGAUAAUUGAAUAUGCUUAAAGUUUGGAUCAAAAGGUGGGUGCUUUCUUUCAAAUGGUUCAUGAUGAUCAUGCAAAUAUUUUUAAAGAAUUAACUAACAUCAUAUUGAGUCAAGAUGCAAUUAAUCCAGUGAGUUAAUAUAUUGAAAAAUUGGAGAAACAAGAAUAUUUGAUAAAAUAAUUAGAAUCAGAUUUAUAAGAGUAACAACAAACAAUAUAAAUGUGUUAAGAAGAGAACCAAAAAUAUUUGGAUCUUAUUAUUAGACAUGGCAAAGCUAGUUAUGAUUCAAAAUAACCACAACAAAAUUUGUAAUAAUAGUAACAGUAAGCCUUGAAACCUACCAACAAAAGAAUAGAUACAUCAGCAAUAAAGGAGAAAUCUCUAUAAAGUAGUUUAUAGAAUGAGGGAUCGCUUUUGUCGACUGCAAAAUUAAUACCUUUAAAAUAGUUAAAGGAAUAGAUUUAGGAAAUUUAUGAUUCAAAGGCUAAGUAUGACUAGAAAUGUUAGGAAACCAAGCAAGCAAGGGAAACAAUGGAAUAACAUAUGUACACAUUUUUGAAUUAAAAAUAUGGAUUAAAGAAUAUAAUUAUUGAAUAGGCUAGUACGAUAAUUUAGAGCGUGAAAAGAUUAAGUUAGGAAGACAAUGAUGUAUGUGUGUUUGGCAAGAUACUGAGAAAUGAAUGCGAUGAAGAAUUUAGAUUUGUGCAGAUUUAAGUAAAACAAACAAUCGCAGAAUUAUUGCGUAUGUUUUUGAGAUAGAAGAAUCCUUUGAAAAAUAUGACAGAUAUCAAAGAGAUGUGGAAUCAAAAGAUGUAAAACUAUCUUAGCUUUGAUGAAUGCUAGGAGAUUGUGAAUUACAUGUACAAUCAAGAGGAUAGUUAAGUGCUAUUGUAAAAGUUGAAUUAGAUCAAAUUACAAGGGAACAAAUUAGAAUAUUGUUAAUUUGUCACUUCAAUUUUAGACUUUUAAUUGUUUACUCAUGAGAAAUACUUAUAAAAGUUUCUAAAGUUAUUUAGAUAAGUGGAUACAGAGAAGAAAGGAUAUUUGACAGAUGUAUAAUUUAGAUAAUUAAUGAAUUUGACAAAUCUCAAUUUGAGUGAAGAUGAAAUAAUUAAAUUUAUGUGCAUACUGGAUCCAUUUAAUACUUAGCAAAUGACAUUUUCUUCUAUUGUUUCAUUACUUUCCAGCGUUGGUAGAAAUCAAGUGACUUUAUUAUAAAAAAUUUAAUGA